AUUUUCAUUCGAAUAUUUUUAAAAGAGCUACAGAAAUUAUAGAGGUGCAAUUGUUUGUAAUCUUGUUAAAAGUUUCAUAAGUCAAAUCGUCAGUACUAACCUCCAUCUUUAGAUGAUAUCUACCUUCGAAACUCAUUGCCCAAUAGUAUGCCAUUCGGUUGCGCACCUCCAUUUCGAAUUUCAUCAGUUUCGACAGUAAAACUGAGAAACAAUGGAGCUGCCACAUCUGGGAGAGCAUUGUUCGGAGAAAACGUGCAAUCGGUUGGAUUUUUUACCACUGAAGUGUGAUGCGUGCGAAUCAAUAUUUUGUACGGACCACAUAUCUUAUAAGGGUCAUUCCUGUCCAAGUGCUUACAAAAAAGAUGUUCAAGUGCCAGUGUGUCCGAUGUGCAAUGUCCCGAUACCUUUUAAGAGAGGUGAGCCACCUGAUUUGGCUGUGGGAAUGCACAUAGACAAUGAUUGUCAAGCAGAUUCGUCUAAAGACCGCAGAAAAGUCUUCACCAAUAGGUGUUCUGCUAAAGGCUGUAAAAUCAAGGAAAUUGUGCGUGUUGAUUGUGGGGAAUGCGGUAGAAAUUUCUGUCUCAGGCACAGGCAUCCUACGGAUCACAGUUGUAUAGGAAAAGCUGAAGCAACGAGGCUCAAAAGACUCGAAGCUCUCAACAAACAACCACAAUCUGGAAAUUCCUCCAAAAAUAAUACCACCAACCCUGCAAGAUCUUUCCGCAAUCUUCAAGGAGGAAUGAGCGAAGAUGAAGCACUCGCCAGAGCACUUCAGGCUUCUAUGCAGGAUGAAGAAAACAACCGCAGAAGACAAAUGCAGACUGUCUCUUCUGGGAGCAGUAGAGAUAAUUGCCAACUAUCUUAAUCCAAUUGGAAUGGUUACGAUUAGCUCGAUAAGACGGAACAAGACUUCCUAUAAGAAUUUCACAUAAUCUGCAACGAGUUGAUAAAAAUGGCUCUUGCGUCUUGCUCGAACACAAAAAAUGCAACAAGAAUCCUGAAUGAACGAUUAUUGAAACUAUUUUUGAGGAAGACCAAAAUAAUGACUGCGUCCAUUGAGUUUCCAGCUUCUUUUUUGAAGCAGGCUUCAAACUCACAACUCGUAUGGGAUUUCUUAAUUACGGCUCUUUUAUCAUAUAAAAAAACAUUUUAAACCUUUCAAAUCUACAGCACGGUACUGAAAAUCAAAAGAAUGGAAAUUACUAAUGGCUACCCGUAAUUUUGGCGAUAUUCUUCGAAACAUGCCACAUUGGGCUUUUAACCAGUUUUUUAUAUCACCGAGACACCAUUUUUAAUAUCCCUUUCUCGUCUUCAAAAAAUCUUUAAAGAAUAUCUCUUUUUUCACUCCAUAUCUUUGAUAAAGCAUACCGAUAUUUCAAUCGUCGAGAUACUACACGCACGUCAAUAACACAAUCACUACGAUUUGUGAGCACUCAAAUAACGAGCGCUGCGACUUCUUCAGGAAUAUUAAAAGACGUCCUUUAUGCGUGGAUUUGAGUAGAUGCUAAGUCACAUAUCAUCUUUUGAUACUCGAAAAAACGAACAAGAAAAAUCUGCGUUUACAGGCGUAUUGUAUUGAAAAAAAAUAUAUUUUUAAAUAUGCCAGGGCACGAAAACAAUCUUUCCACACACGCGUUCGUCAACUUUCGCUUGAACGUAUUUUUUUUCAAUUUCACGAACAAUUAAAUAACAUUCCUUCAUCGACUAGAUUUUCUUCGAAUCGACAAUGAUUAAUAAGCUUUUUCGAAAAUUCUACCUCUAUGAACAGUGAUAUGUAAAAUCAAAUAUUUCAAUAAUCUUAGAAAAACAACAAUCCUAGAAAAAGUUUAUACAAAAAAGCAUCGACUUUGAUCGAUCGGUAAUGACGCUAAAUUUUCAGCAAUAAUGUGAUAAAUGGCAAUGAAAAUAAAAAUAGAAAAAUGCACGAGAAAACAAUCAUUCACUUUCGAAUGAUGUUAGUUAUAUCUCGCCCACGUUCAGAAAUACCGUUGGAAAAAUAUUCAAUGAUUAUAAACAAGAAUAUUAGUGCCUGCUUGAUACAUUGUCAUUCAAUUUUACAAAAACACUAAGCAAAAAACACUCGCGCUGGAAGUACAAAAGAUUUUUGCCAAUUGACUGCCCGUAACAUUCCUUAGCGCGAAAGACAUACAAUAAAACAAGAUCAUAGCUAAGAAUAAUAACGGGAUGAAAUAUGCGAAGAAUUUAGAUUGAAGUAUAUUCAAAUUAUUAUAUUGUUGAUUUAAUAAAUAUUUAUUAAUAGCA